UUGACAUUCUUAAAAAACAGAGAAUGGCAACAUCGUUUUCAUUUUGUGCCGCAAAAUGAAAUAUUUUUCUUUCUGUUUUUUGUUGCUUUGAACGGCUAAAACCGAGUUUUAAUGUUUGGUGUAUUCUUUUAUUUAUUGACCUUGUAACGUUGAUAACCCCUUUGUAUUGAUAUCUGUUUGUUUUCUUGAUUUAUGAGCAUUGAAAGUUGGCGGUUCAAUCUUGGCUUUCUUUACUGGUUUUCCUGGUGACCGAUCCUGAUGGUGACCGAUGCUACUGCGUAAUGUAGCUAUUGAAACCGUUUAUGGCAUGGGACGUCUAAGAAAAUGGACAAUAAUGCAUUGAUCGGCCGUCGGUUGCGGCUCGGUCGUAUGUUCUCGGACGGGAGCUCUGAGUUGACGAUCCGAGCGUAUUGCGGAUGGACCACACCUUUUCAGUGCCUCGCGCGCCUGUUCCGCCAGGCCCGGGGGCGCCCCGCGAGCCCGCGCAGCAGGCCCGGCCGGCCGACGGUCCCUUUAUGAACAGCAUGGACGAGAUAUCCUACUGGAUCUGCACCAAGCAGGCCCCCUGCCUGUACAACUACGACAAUGUGAUAAAGAGGCAGUGCGAGGAAGCGCACUGCUCUAAACCUAAAAGUGUUCAAAGUAUUACUAUAGAGACACCUUCACCCAAGAAGAAGAAGAAAAGAAAGUUAUCUCUGCUCGAUGAUGAGUCUGUGUCCACAGAAAAACAGCAAAAUGUAUAUUUUGAAACGUCCCAGAGAAAGAGCCAGCAGACAUUGCUGGAGAGCUGUAAGUCUGACACGCUCGGGUCCGAUCUGGACUUCAACAUUAAGAACUCUUCUAUCAAAGGCAAGUCUAAAAAGGCCAGAUUGUCUAAGUCCAAUCGGACUAUACAUAAGAAGAAUAAAAUUGCUACUUCUACUCCCAAGGUGACUGGAACACUCAGGAGAAGCUUGCGUAAGGCUCAAAGGACUAAUAACAAUGGUCAAAACAAUCACUCCUUUGAAACGUACAACUGUGAAAUAAUCAACGGAAGCAAUACUAAAUAUAAUAAUGACAAAGAGAAAUCUGCUAGUAGAACUAGAAAACUUGAAACACUCGCUGGCGGGGACCAGAGUAUUGAAAAACAGAAUUGUAAUGAGAAAACUGCUAGGACACCUGUGAACGGUCAGUUUGAUGAUCUCAGUGAUGUGUCUGGUUUCACUGCUAACUAUAUUCGCUCCACGAAGAUCCAUUCUGCUAAAAGAAAUUUAAGAAAUAAAGGUGGUAGAAACAUAAUCAAGGAGUCCCAGAGGAGCGUACAGAAAGAUGACACAUUGUUGGUUUGUGUGAACAAGUCGGUCAACACGGGGCUUCCAAAAACCCCAAUGCUAAAUUGCAGCACUGACUCGUCUCAAAACAUUGUCAAUUUGGUCACUUUGAAGAGCAACGAUAAGUCUGCUAAGGUAAAUAAAAGCACCUCCUUGUUAAAGUUUGUAGAAACUAAAAAUGGUAAAAAAGCUACUUGCAAUGCAGAAGACAAGCCGGCAACAUCCAAUCUGAACAUCUCAUUCCAGUCCAAGAGCAGUGCGACAUCCAGGUACCCCAAGAGGACCAAAAACAGUUCCCCGGAGGACACGCCACAGAAGGUGGCACCGGACAAAAGAAGGAAGAUCAGUAACUCAAAUAACAAAUCUGAGAGAAAGGAAAAUCCUGAAGAUAACGUAUCCCGUACAAGAAGCGGGAAGUGCAUAGGGCUGUCCGUGAGGCAGGCCGAGAACUCGGUGUUGGUGCUGAGCAACUCAAUGGAGCAGGUGAGCUCGCUGGCCAGCCUGAACGUGGCCACGCCCUCGGGCUCGGAACCGCGCGGCCGGCCCAAGCGGCGACGGUGCGCCAACAAGCAAGUUGACUUGAAGAAACCGAGCUGUGGUGAACGCCCGGACUCCCUGAGAGACAAAAGUGGUUUCGCGGCGUGUUUCUCGGACAGUGACGAGGACAAUGUGCCGUUGAAGGAGAGGAAGUUCUUCUGUUAGUGCAUAAUUCAAUUUAAAGACUGUAUACUUUAGUGACUUUUACGAAGAAUUUGUUAGUGACUGCAUAUUUACUGGUUUUGGAUAAAUGAAUUGAUGACAUUCCACAUAAGAAGGUUCUAAUGCUCGAGUUAUUGAUUUGUAACUAAUUAAUUGAUGUUUGAAAUUUUAUCUAAUGUUAUAUUCAAUUAAUGUGUUCCAUGCUGAAUGUUGAUGACACCGAUCCAAUGAAUUUUAUUUACUUAUGAACGAUCAGACAGAGAGUCAGGGCUUGUUAUGUGGGAUUGUUAUAAACAUUUGACUAAUGUAGAGUUGUCCAUUUGGUAUAAUAUAAUCAACGAUUCCUUAGAAUGACUGUCUCUGCCAGCCCAGUGCCUGCAUUCAGUUACUGUAUAUUGUAUACUCAAAAUAUACCUUUAAAUAAUAAUAAUAAUAUCAUAGUCAUGCUCACAUUAUCUUAGCCUAUUAACUGCAUGUAAAUUAAUUAGAAUGUUAUAAUU